UUUGACAUUGCACACGGACAUGGAUGGUGUGUCGGUGAGAAUAGGACACAGGUGCCUUCAUCAUGUGCCUCUGCACAUAUCUUUUCUCCCGUCAUCGGCAGGUUGAUGCGAGGGGAUGGAUGAUAGUGCUACCGUGGAGACGGUUGAGGGUCUCGAGUCAGCGUGUUCGAGUUGAAAACGAAGUCACGGCGUACCCAAACAGUUCUGUCAAUCUGCGCUGUGAGUUCCAAAACAGCGGCACCACCAAACUCACACAGGUCUCGUGGAUGUUCGAGCGCGUUGAAGGCGACAGACAAAACAUCGCUGUAUACCACCCCCAGUAUGGACCGAGUUUCCCUAAUAAAGACUUUGAAGGCCGAGUACAGUUCACGGUCAGUACCCUGGAGAAUCCGUCCAUCAAGAUCGACAAAAUGAGGAUGACGGAUGCGGGCAGGUACAUCUGCGAGUAUGCCACUUACCCCAGCGGAAACGAGCAGGGGACGACCACUCUCAUCAUGCUGGCCAGACCCAAAAACUCUGCUGCCCCCGUCACAGUGCAAGCCGGCUCUUCUGAGGUAGUCGUGGCACGUUGCGAGGCAGCCCAGGGAAAACCCGAGGCUACUAUCUCCUGGAAUACAAACAUCGCCGGCCGCUAUAACCACACUUCUGUACCUGAGAGGGACGGCACUGUGACUGUGAAGAGCGAGUAUCGGAUAGUCCCGACUCCCAACGAAAAUGGGAAAGAAAUCACUUGUGUGGUGAAUCAAAGGACGCAGAGCGAACCUCAGUCAUUCGCCUUGAAGCUGGUGGUGCAGUACCCCCCAACUGUGACAAUAGAAGGAAAUGACAAUAACUGGUUCAUGGGUCGGACUGAUGCUGUGCUGACUUGUAAUGCUGAUGCAAACCCUGCGAUAUCUGAUGUAAAAUGGACGACCGUGUCUGGUCAGAUGCCAGCUACGGUACAGGUGGAUCAGAACAAGCUGCGGGUGAAGAAAGUGGACGAAACCGUAAACACGACUUUCAUCUGUGAAGUGAAGAACAGUCUGGGAUCUGGCAAAAAAGAGGUCUCCAUCACCGUCAUCGAUCACCCGUUACCACCACCAACACCAGGAGGACUAGCCAGCACCACCGGUGGAAUAAUUGGAGGGAUCAUUGCUGCUAUAAUCAUUCUGUGUUUGAUCGGCGCUGGUCUGGCAAUGUACCGCAAACGCCGAAUGAGCAUGGAGUCUGGAGAAGGUCCUCCCAAACACAAGCCGCCUCCUCCGAUGAAGUCAGGCAGCUCUACGGAAAUGCUUAAUAAACCACAGGACAAGGCCACAAACAUCACUGAAACCCAACCACUCAGCAGCUACGAGCCCAACUACUACGAAACCAACUCAGCUGAACCGGUUACAGAUCUCGAUGAUGACACCGGCCCUCCGGCUAAUGGCGGCACCUCAAAUGCCUGGAACGGUUCAGAACAUCUUCCCGAAAAAGAAGAUUCGGCCGACGAGAGCCUUCCACCGUACGCAGCCGGCAACCAGGGAGGUAACCACGGCUCUGGUGCCAACAUAGCCCGCGAAGAAAGUUUCGUGUCACAGCCGAUGUUGGUCUAAAGUCGCGGGCCGUGUCUGUGAUUUGCACUGCCACCGUCCUGCCCUGCCGCGGUCGCCCGUAACAGCACAGCAGUCCAGUCGGGAAACACGCAUGGAAAACCACUCAGCCGGGGGAUAUUUCUCUUUAAAAAUGCCUAAUCGUACUUUUACCUAAUCUUAUGGUUUUGUGGAUGGUCCUUGAAGAUAUUUAUAAUAUUUGGACCAAAAUAAUUUUUUCGCUUAUCUCUGUAAAGUUGUGAAUGAUGCAUAUACUUCAACUAAGAUGAAAGAAUAAGUCACUAGCAAAACAAAACCAUGAGAAUAGGUAAUGAAUCACUGUUUUGAGGUACUAUGUUAUAAUUUAAUUCUGGUUAACUUAAAAAAUACAGAUUUAAUUUUAUGCUGAAAGGUCUAAAUAUACAAAUUUGCUUUGAGUAUUUUAAAAUACACUGCAUAUACUGUCAAACGCAAUGCUUAUGUUUCUUAUACGUCACGUUUUAUUUUGCGGUCUUGAUGUUUAGUGCUUUUUUAAUCUUGGAUAGCUUUCGUCGGUCGUGCGUGUUAACUUAUGUGAUGAGGGAAACCGUCCUGUGGUAUAUGCAAUGUAUUUUACAUGCAGCAAAAAUGUAUUUUUAUAUUUUCUAUUGAUGUCAUUUUAAUCGAUAACGUCACCUAAAAAAAUGUACGUUAAUGCAUUAUUUUCUUAUUUUUCGUUUCUUGGAUUGCUCGCACUGCUAAUUGUUUUGGAAAAGUACUACCAAAUAAGUUCUGUAAAUAAUUUAAGGAAAUAAUAUAUAUAUAUACUGUAUCGCCAAACUAACUCAGAAAAAGAAAGAAAAUGCAAACAAAUCCAAAAAUAACAGUGGGGUGCGAAACGAAAAGGUGUACUUUUUUUCCUAAAUUGAUUUUAACGGGUAUUACUAAAGUCUGCUGAUGUUUUACUUCUUGAAUUGUGUGGAUUUUGUUACUGUAUAAUCUGCAUGGCAUGGUUGGUCGCUUUUCGAAAAACAGUGGGCGUCUGUCACUUCGCUUCUCUAUUUUCUGCCCUAUACCAAGCACAAUCUCGUAGUAUAAAGCCGUUGAGGGAUAAAGAGGAGUUUUUUGCGAGAGUUUUGCUGAUAAUUUCUGCCUUCUGAAUGCCAACAUUAACAUUAACAUUGAAAUACACUGUGCAUCAUGACAUAAGCAUGACCACAGCUCAUGAUCGUCUCUAUUUAACCCAAUGCUGCUGCUAUUGCUUUUCGUAUUUGCCAUCUUCAAAAUGAGUCUCAGUUGUAUUUACUGUAGUAAAGAUAAAAUCUAAAAAUCUUGUUUUUAAGGAAAGAUCAUGCAAAAAUCAGUCCAAAAUAUUGCUGUAUAAUGAAAGUGAAUGGUGACCGGGGCUGUCAAGUUUCAAACAUGUUUACAAAAUGUGAUUUAAAUAUUUAGCGCACGUCAUAUGAGAUGCUAUUACAGGGCUUUUAUGAUGUUUAUUGUCAUUUUUGGUCACUAUUCACUUUGACCAUAGGCAAAGUUUGGGGUCCAGGGGGGGCAGUGGUCCCCCCGGUCAGAGCCAAUUGUGUUUUUGUUUGAGCUAUUAAUGAAAUAUAAAUAUAAGAAUUCAUAUGUUAUGAGUCUACUUUUUAUAUUUUAAUGGUAUACUAAGUAACUAAAGGUUAAAGUAGUUUCAAUUCAUUUAAGCCAUAUUAAAAAACUUGAAAGCGGUCUCUAUUCACUUUGACCAUAGGCAAAGUUUGGGGUCCAGGGGGGGCAGUGGUCCCCCCGGUCAGAGCCAAUUGUGUUUUUGUUUGAGCUAUUAAUGAAAUAUAAGAAUUCAUAUGUUAUGAGUCUACUUUUUAUAUUUUAAUGGUAUACUAAGUAACUAAAGGUUAAAGUAGUUUCAAUUCAUUUAAGCCAUAAAAAACUUGAAAGCGGUCUCUAUUCACUUUGACCAUAGGUAAAGUUUGGGGUGCAGGGGGGCACUGCCCCCCUCCAGUCCAGUGCCAAUUGUGUUUUUGUUUGAGUUAUUAAUGAAAUACAAAUAUAAGAAUUCAUAUAUUAUGUGUCUACUCUUUAUAUUUGAAUGGGUAGACUGAGUAACUAAAGGUUAAAGUAGCUUUAAUUCAUUUAAGCCAUUUUAAAAACUAUGAAGCUAAUCUCGAAAUUUUGCAGUGCCCCCCAAGCACAAACACCUAUGACUUUGAUUGAUUGAAAAUAAAAAACAGAAAAUCACAUAGGUUUUAAAAUGACAUGAGGGUGAGUAAAUUAUAUUAUUUACUACGUGCAUUAGGUGAAUUUUUUUUUCAGGGAUAGAUUUUUUUUCUAAAUAGUCCUUGUUGUUCAUCCCUGGCCUUCUCAGAUGGCAUGGCAAACACUUUCAUUACCGUUUUCAUCGCUGUUUACUCUUCACUUUUGAAUGUAAUCUUUGCACAUCCACUUACACCUGUCAAUAGAUUGUAGUGUUGUAGCAUCUGAAUACAUGGUCGUAAUUGUGCCAAAGAGAUCACGGUUGCACUGAUUGUAUUAAACGGCAUUGGGGAUGACAGGCUGCGGGUUAUAGAGGUGCUAAAUGAAAUGAACGGACCACGCAGGUGUCCUGGAGUGAAAACUUGAACAUUCACAAAGCACAUAAAACACUGCUCUUCUUCAUGUGGGUGAAUAGAUCAAAAGAUACGACCGACAGACAGAUCGAUGGAUGAGUGGUUCCACUAGAUGAAUUAAUAACCACUUCUCCUUUUUGAUUAUCCUUGGAUCACAUUCACUGCCCGAUUUUCUGGCCUGUUAGACAUUAAAAUUACCGAUUCUGCUGAAAGGUUUAUUCUGGACAUGACGGUCGUUUCGUUUUUAUCUGAGCUGUGGUCUUAACACUGAUGCUUCUGAUAAAGGGGAUGUGCGUCUGCAUGCUGCAUGAAGUUUGGGGUUAGCUUUUGUUAUUCUCGCGUGCAAUUCUGCUGUCCACACAACCAUCAUUUUGCUUAAAUGGUGCAGUAUUAUACAAUCACCAAGUUAUACACUCAUCCAUAAAGGUUUCUGUGUCUUAAACUGUGAUUCUUUGAUUUUUUUUAUUUAAUUAUCGCUUUUUGUAUUUUCAAGUGUCUAAUAUAUUUGUUACACUUUGGGUUGUGUGAUGUUUAUCGGUUCUUAUGUGAAACUAUAUGCCAUUUUAGAUUUUAAGGACAAUCAACAUUAUGUAAAAUUGAAUGCUGACAAAUUUGCGGCCUCUUAACCGAGUUUCUUUUUGUUUACUCAAUGGCUUCUGUCAUUUCUCAAAUCUGUUCUCCAGCAAAACAAACACAGCUGCUGUAUUUGAAAUAAGUUCAUUAGAAAUCACAUCAUUUAAACUGAGAUCAUCCUGGUUUCAUGAUUCAUCUGUCAUGUGUUUGCUUCUGCGCUGCCCUGUCGUCAUCAUCAGACCAGAUGUGCCUUUUUUUCUUGUUUUAAACCAUUUUACUCUCACUUUUGUUUUGCUUGAGAAACCGUGAUGGACCAUUGAUUAUAUGUUGACCACAGGUGAACGAAUUGUGACUUUUUUGCAUCUUAAUUUUUCCCUACCAGGAUUAUUUUAUAUGCAUUGGUAACUUGUUCUAUGUUUUGGGCUCAUUGUGAUGUCUAAUAAACUAUAAACCAAACCUCCA